AUUUUUUUUUUUUUUUUCAGGAGAUCAUGAAUCAGGCAGAUAAAAACCAACAAGAAAUCCCAUCAUACCUUAGUGAUGAACCACCAGAAGGUUCAAUGAAAGAUCACCCACAGCAGCAGCCAGGCAUGCUGUCCCGUGUGACUGGGGGUAUCUUCAGUGUUACAAAGGGAGCCGUUGGUGCCACCAUUGGUGGUGUGGCUUGGAUUGGUGGAAAGAGUCUGGAGGUGACCAAAACAGCUGUUACAACUGUACCUUCCAUGGGAAUAGGGCUGGUGAAAGGGGGCGUGUCUGCUGUGGCUGGAGGUGUUACAGCUGUUGGGUCUGCUGUUGUAAACAAAGUGCCCUUAACAGGAAAGAAAAAAGACAAAUCGGACUAAAAUAUGGAGAUAACUUGAUCUCCACAGCAUUAUAAUGCCAGUGGCAUUGAAUUGCUAAAUUAUGGACUACAACCAAGUCACCUAUUUUGGACGCUUAUCUUCUAAACUGCUGUGUUGAAAGUAUUGACUGGCUUUGUCUAAAAAGAAGAGACCAAUACUAGCACAGUGUAUGAAGGUUUCUCAUACUUAAACUCCAGCUUUUUAUCUGGUAAAAUGUUACACUUAGCUGUAACUGAAGAUAUGGUAUGUUUGAAUAUUUACUAUAAGUCUUUCAGCUUAACUAAAAAUGUGAAAGUUGAAUUUAGUGGAUGAUAUUUACAGUUCCAUAUGUAUGAUGUGCCAGGUAAUUCAUCUGCCCCUUAAGAAGGGAACCUUGAACUACAUAAACUGUACCUUUGAUGUGCCUAGUAGUUUCAGAUAUCUUAGUUUUUUUUAUAACCAUAGUUGAUGAGGCCAAGAGGCCUUCUUUUCUUAUUUAAGCUGGUGAAAGUAGCAGGGAUUAGAGUGUUUUAAAAGAUAAAUGGCUUUAUGAUACCGAGUGUUACCAUCUUAUAUUAGAUUGCAUUCUAUUCCUUUAUAAUUGAUGCCUUACAAAAGAAAAAUUUUUUUUAAAUACCCUAUAGAUGUAGUUCUUAGAAUGACCUAUAUGGAUUCUUUUAAAGAUUGUCUGUGACAUUAGUUUUCCUUCUUAAGACAAGAAUCUCAGGAGUAGUGGGAUAAAGGUGUUUCUUGCUGUCUGCAGGUAAGAUACCUUCUAAUUGUUGAUAGUUAUGAUCAAAUUGUACACUUUGGCCUGGCUUCCUGCUCCAUUGGUAAUGCACCUCACAGUGCCUAUGGGAUAUUUCUCUACUAGUCAAAAGCUAUGUUGGAAGAGUUUCAUAUUAAGAACAAGUAUUUAAUAAAUAAUUUUAAGAUCUUAAAA